UUUAAUUUUGUCGUGUGGUGCAAAUGAUAUGUAAUGUAGAGAUAGAAAAAGGCUUAUAGCAUGAAAUGUUUGUGUUGCAUGAAUCGGAGAGUUUAAGAACUAAGGAAUAAAGAAAACUUGAGACAACGGAGAAGAGAAAAAAGGGUCACAAUAUAUAAUGGUUUCCUUAGACUCUCUCGAUUUCGCCCUUUUCCGUCUCAGCACUGAUUUUUGCUUUCCUUUUGCCAUUUUCGUUCAAGCGCAGGGAUGUCUAAUAAGCUUAGCACUUGCUUUUGGGUGGGCUUGUGCUGCGUUUGUCAGAAACCGAGAAAUAAAUAGAAUAAAGAAGAGUAUGCGGAACGGCAACAACUAUGCAUUCCUUUGUCAAGAUAUUAAUGAACUUGAGCACUCCAAUCAGGCUGGUCUUCCAAAAGUAACAGUAAUUAUGCCCCUAAAAGGAUUUGGAGAACACAAUCUCCAUAACUGGAAGACUCAGUUAACAUCACUUUACGGUGGCCCUCAAGAAUAUCUUUUAGUAGUUGAAAGUACAGAGGAUCCUGCAUACAAUGCUGUAGCAAAACUAAUAGAAGAAUUAGAGGAUUCUGUUAAAGCUAGGGUUAUAGUAGCUGGUUUAUCAACAACUUGCAGUCAAAAAAUUCACAAUCAAUUGGUUGGAGUGGAGACAAUGCAUAAAGAUAGCAAGUAUGUAUUGUUUUUAGAUGAUGAUGUUAGGCUACAUCCUGGAUCAAUUGGAGCACUCGUUCGGGAAAUGGAAAAGAAUCCUGAGAUAUUUAUUCAAACCGGAUACCCUCUUGAUUUGCCUUCUGGAAGUCUAGGGAGUUACUGCAUCUAUGAAUACCAUAUGCCUUGUUCAAUGGGCUUUGCCACUGGUGGACAAACAUUCUUUUUGUGGGGAGGGUGCAUGAUGGCAAGUAUUUUUCUCCAGAUGCAUUCUGAAGACUUCAGGCAAGAUAAUUGUGGUAUAGUCUCGGCACUUCGAGACGGUGGAUAUUCUGAUGAUAUGACUCUUGCAGCCAUAGCUGGGGCUCACAAAAAGCUCAUUAGUUCUCCAGCGGUUGCUGUCUAUCCUCACCCCCUUGCAAGUGAUCUUAAUUUUGGAAGGUACUGGAAUUAUUUGAGGAAACAAACAUUUGUUUUGGAGUCAUAUGUAACCAAAGUUAACCAAGUAAUGAACCGUGCAUUAUUUGCUGUUCACUGUUAUUUGUCAUGGGGAUUUGUUGCACCAUACUGCAUGGCAGUGAUUCAUGUUGCCGCAGCACUAAGAUUUCGCGCUAGGGAGUACUCACUUGAAGGAAUAAAUUACACUUCUGGUGGGUUAACAAUGGUGUGGCUCCUAGCCACAUGCACUCUUAUUUCACUUUUCUCAAUGUGGAACUUGACAAGGAUAGAAGUUCUACUUUGUAACAUAUUGUCCCCAGAGGCACCUCGACUUUCUCUGACUUCUUAUAAUUGGUUUAAAGUAUUCAUUGCAAUGCUGGUGGGUAACUUUUUAUACCCUAUAUCUGCAGUUCGUUCUCAUUUUACUCAGUCUAUUAAUUGGUCUGGCAUUAUAUACCAUUUGAAAGAUGGAAAAAUCAACAAGAUAGAUAGAAUACCAAAAAGGCAGGAUGUGGCUCCAGUUUUCACUGACUUGGGAGGAAAACAUUUGUAUGGAAAGAAAGGGAUGCCUACCAAGGUUUCAUUCCUCAGUUCUAUGAACAAACGUUUGUUCCAAUGGCGUCAACCUAAGAAAUUUGAGUAACCAGUAAAUAGAUUCAUUCAGCAUACAAAGUUUCUGUCUAUUUUGUCUUGUGUCUCUGCGCCCAAUUUUUGAGGCACAAUGGCUCCUUUUGAAGCAGAGGUUGUUGGUAAGAUCAAUUGGUCUUAUUGAAUUAUUUUCUCGGUAUAGGUCUUAUUGAUUGUUUAGUGAUUCAUUAUUGAUAGAUUGAUUAUUUUGUGAGGCAGAAUCCUUGUUCCAUAUACAUGUAUUUUUAAUUACCCAUUCAAUCCCAUAUGAUUUAUAGCUCCUUGGAGCUGAUUUUGUAAUUGUAACAAAUCACUUUUGUAAUUUAUGAACAUGUAUUUCACAUUCAAUUUUUUAAUUCCA